UUCAUUCUUUAUUCAUUUCUUGAAGCAAGUGAAAAAUGACUACAUAACCUGAAGAGUACCGUGCAUCAUGAUCAAGAUAACAGCGCAUCAACACUGUAUUUGUGUUGUAUGAAAAUAAGUCGGGAAACUGGUGUGCAGAGCUGUUUUGCAACUGUAGCGCAAUAAAAAGUGCGACUUUUCCCUCUGUGUAAAGACAAAGAUGAAGCAGGCUUCUAGACUUUAGUUAGACUGUUUCACAUCAUUUGAGUUUCCUCUGAUUCUGGAAAAGCACUAAAUCAUCUCCUGCUAUCUUUUAAUUUGCUUGAUAAAUAAAGUCGCUUUUUCUUUUAUAAACCACACUUAUAUACUCUAUUUCAUUAGAUAUUUUUAUGCAUGGUUAUUCCCAGUUUAAUUAACUAUUCUGGUUCAAACCAGCUGUUGUUAUGACUUUUGCGGUGACGAAGACGUUGAUAAACUCACGUCCUCGUAGGUGCACACUUGGAAAUCCAAUCAUAAAGAAGACCUGAGACACUCAUUUCUAACCUGCGCCUUCUUUCUGGCGGCUUCUCUGCUGCAGAUGGUGUUUGGUUGUGUUGCUGCGCGAAAAGCUCGCUGGUUAAAGGAAAUACAGAGGAGGAGCUGCCGUCAGUGACCCAAGAGGAAACUACUCUGUCAGAUGAUGGUGUAAUUACAGCGUGAAGCGCAGCUCGCAACCUCGGUCGGAGCAUCUCUUGCAAAGCAAAACCACCUGAGUGAACGUUUGUCUCCUGUGGAUCCGUACUUUCACCAAAGAUAUGGAGUAUAAAUUCUGUGCGUAAAAAGAGACGUUUUGGAGAUAUGGGUUUGGUUACUGGAGAACUGGAGGAACGAGCAUUAAUGGGAAGUGUCACUGCUUUGCUCAGCGUGAACAAGUGAAAGAAUUCAUUGCAGUUAUGAACUCCACGAAAGAACAACCCGGAUUUCGUACGCCCACCAUCCCGGUGAUUAUGUUCAUCUUCGGGGUGGUGGGGAAUGUCAUCGCCAUAGUUGUUCUGCGAAUAUCACGAAAGGAACGAAAAGAGACGACUUUCUACACACUUGUGUGUGGCCUGGCGGUGACAGACCUGCUGGGCACCUUGCUGGUCAGCCCCGUCACCAUCGCCACCUACAUCAAAGGCACCUGGCCUGGAGCUGAUCCAUUGUGCCAGUACUCCGGCUUCAUCCUGCUCUUCUUCUUCGUGGUGCAGCUAGGCAUUGUAUUUGCAAUGUCAGUGGAAAGAUACCUGGCGAUAAACCACGCAUAUUUCUACAACGAGUAUGUCAACCAGAGACUCGCAGCGCUGGCUCUUUUAGCCAUAUACAUUUCCAACGUUGUGUUUUGCGCGAUGCCCAGCAUGGGGUUCGGUCGUGUGAAACUCCAGGAGUCUGAGACCUGGUGUUUCAUCGACUGGAACAGCAGUGACACAAGUGUCAAGACUUUUAAUUUGAUGUACGCUGGGGUGAACUCGGGCAUCGUGCUGGCCACUGUCAUAUGCAACGUGGUCGUGUGUGGAGCUCUGAUCCUGAUGCACAAGCGGUUCAUCCGCCGCACGUCUCUGGGAACAGAUCCGCGGCGCGUCGCGGAGCUCCGGCGCAGACGAAAUUUUGGACGAUUAGCUGGGGCAGAGAUCCAGAUGGUGAUCCUGCUUAUAGCUACAUCCGCUGUCGUCCUCAUCUGCUCCAUACCUUUAGUGCUGAGGAUCUUCAUAAAUCAGCUGUUCAGAAACCGCAAAGACGAGAACUCGAUACUUGACGACCUGCAGGCCAUCCGCAUGGCUUCUGUCAACCCCAUCCUAGACCCCUGGAUCUACAUCUUGCUCAGAAAGACAGUUGUUCUCAAGCUAAUGGAGAAAAUCAAGUGUGUGUUCUGUAAAAUGGGUGGACGGGGACGAAGCAGUGGCAGGCACUUCCUCUGUGCUGACGGUUAUCUCUCCUCAUCCAUCGUCUCUCGGGACUCACCAUCACUGAUGUCCCGUGAAUUGCGGGAAAUGGUGAACACAUCGCACACCAUGCUGUACCCAUCAGAGAGAAACAUGCAGGCGCGUGGGUCAGUUCAGGCGGGAGUGCAGGGUGACUCUAGCAUUCCUGCUGUACAGACAUUGCAGGUCCCCCAGGAGGUCCACGGGUCUAAGAGGGGACACGGAGUAUUAGAGGACAAAGUGUCGGAAACUCCACUGAAAGAGCCUCCAGUGUGUCCCAAAGACCCACCUCUACAUGUCACCUUUACAGAUGAGACAGCAGAUAUACAAGAAAAAUGUAUAUAACCAUAAGCAUAAUCACCAAAAUAAGACUUUCCCCUCACAGAUGGGAACCAGUGAAAGCACUGCAAACAAAAUUUGGAGACUGAAAAUUCUGUCAGUCUGUAGAUAUCUUGUGGACUGCUACAAACAUUUGACAGAUGAAUUACAGACCUUCUGUAAGUACCCGUUAUCAGUGUAUCACUCCACAUUCAUUCUUUGCUAUAUUGCUAAACUCACAUGAAUACAAUCACAUAACUUUUAUUAGUACAAGCCCACCGGGGGAGCAUCAUAAAGCUCUCCUGUUGCACUUUUUGGAUUUCAGUUCAUUGCCAGGUUGUCUUUGUUUCGCUGUGAUUCAACAACCUGCACGAUGUCUGUAAAGAAUUUGUUGUGUUAAAAUGUGAACAGUGUGCCAGGAUGUUAAUUUAUUUUUAGUGUGAAAUUGUACGUUACUGUCUUCUCCGUGAGAAGGUUCGGUUAGUUUGAAGAUAGGUGCGGGAUGAAUGCGUGUUCGUGUUUUAUUUUGUUUGUUUGUUUGUUUCAAACAUUAAACUUUUAUUGGUUGUCAGAGCAGCUCUUUCAUCAAAACUAUGAUUAUGCCAUCCCCUGAAUCCCAUAACAAAGGCAGCUAUACACUAGAGUUCCACAGUGCAGACACUGGAGGACGUUAGACUUCAAAGUGACUCCUAAAAAUCCUUCUAAUCCCGUCAUUUUAUUGAUUUAAUUUGUAAUGCAAUGCGUAAUAAUCCCAGCUAAUCAGAGUUUAUAAGGAAGAUAAGGCAGGAAAUGAAAGCUGAAGCCAUGACCUCGAUAUACUGCUGCUAUAGACGUAUAUAAAUAUAAACACACGUUCAUGUUCAGUGUCAGAUUUAUCACAAAAUGUUGUGUAAAUGUGUCUAACGAAAAAAACAGCAACAACUUAUGUACCAAAUUUAUAAACAAAAUAAAACUGUCUAAAUAUUCAUAUAAGCUAAUAAACGUCAGUGUGUUGUUUUCUUUUGGAAUCAACAGGAAGAGUGAAUGAUGAUGAAUGAUGUGCAAACAAGUAUUAACAGCAAAUAAAUGCUUGAUGAUGUACAGCUACUGUACGUCAGUAAGUUCUGGAAGAAUGACACAUUUUUUUGAAGCUUCACUUCUGUAUAGCACCACAGAGGAUUUUAAACAGUCAAGAUGUGACUGAAGCGCAGGUGUUCAGCUUUAAUUUGUUUCAUUAAGUGUUUAGAAAUUACAGCUAUUUUUAUACACAGAUCCACAUUAAAAAAGGAUUGUUUUAAUGCAUUAAUGAAGUCAGUGACUGCUUGAAGUCUAGAACCCAAUGUUGUGUUUGUCUUGAGAUGAUCUACCAGGUCUUUGCUUCAGUUGCCUUUAGUUGCGGUUCUAUUUGUGGAACCGCAGUGUCUGAUCAGUUUUGCAGCAUUUGCUGAACCUCAGCAGAGAGUAUUCAUCCUCUGCUUUUAGCAGCAGUCACGUCAUCAAUAACCAGCAGUGACCCGGUUCCACAGGCACAUAACAACAUCAUGUUUGACAGAUGACUUGCUGUUCCUCUCCUUCUCCACAUGUUUCCCUUCAUUCUGGUGCAAAAUAAUCUUGGUUUCUUCUGUCCAAAGUUUUUUUUUUUCUUUUUUGCAUUUUUUCAAAACUCUGCAUGCUCUUUUAGAUGUUUUCUGGUGAAUACCUUGCUGGUUUUCCUGUUUUUUAGUCUGCCCAGUGCUUUGCGCCUUGUUGUAAACCUUCUUGAUUUCCCUCCACAAAGGUAUCUCCUAAUUAUGGACUUUAGAGCUCUUGUUGACAUCUCUUUGGACCUCGUAAUGAGAGUUCCAGUGACCUGUUACCAAAUACAAGAUCAGCAUUUGAAAUGAACCCAGAUGUUUCGUCUGCUGUGAUGGAAUAAUGAGGGGACAGACAUCGCCUGGUCAUGAGACAGCUUGUCAGUCAAAUGUCCGAUUACUUCUGAGCAUCUGAAAAUGUGGUACUGUGUCUGCACUUCAGUCACAUCUUGACUGUGUGAUUUUAAAAGCUACUGCUGUGGCAUACAGAGGCAAAACACAAAAAUAUGUGUUAAUGUCCAAAUACUUAUGAACCUACUAACAUUACAAGCAAGUGCUUCUCCGAAUCUACUGAAAACAAUAUUGAUCAGUCCAGCAAAGACUGAGUUAAAAUCAUUAGUUAUCACUUCAGGGUUAAUGGCGUUCACCACUUGGUCAAUUAAAACAAUGAGGCUGGUUCAAUUCUGUUCAGUUUAUGUAGCACCAAUUUACAGUACUCAUUUAGCACUUUCUAUUCUAAGGUAAGGAUCCUACAGUAUUAUAGAUAAGGGAUCAUGGAUUGUUGGGUGUCAAUGAGCAAGUACGUAAGGACAACGGGGACAAAUAACAUGACUGUGUGUGUUUAGGAAAAAAGCGAAAAGAAAAUGAUAGAAAAAAGACAACUUACAGAACAAAGCAUAAACUACAGAGAGAGAGAAGACCAAAGUUAAAUAGUGGUCGGUAAAUGCAGAGGAAGUAAAAGGGAGUUUUUAGGAUAUCCGGAGAUUAAGGAAUUACAAUAGUCCAGCCUACAGGUAACAAAUGCCUGGCCCCAUUGUGGAAGUGAUUCUUUGCAACAAGAAAAAAGCAAAAAGCAAAACAAAAGGGAAAGUAGACGACUUCAACACAACCCAAGUGAGAUUUAUAAACAUUUCUAUGUUAUGGGUGUUUAUAAAAGACGUAGCACCUGCCAUCCCCUUGGUUAGCACUGACUGCUUUGAGCAAAUUUAAAAUCAAUAGCCGUUUCUGACGGCAGGAUAUCGUUCACUUGCAGACAGCUGGUUUCUUUACCUCUGAUGAUUUCCAGUUCCACUGUGGCCUCCGUCCAGAGCCUUCCGAGAGCAAUGAAAUGCCCCUCUGAGAACAAUAACGCUUUAAAGACAGCUCUGACCUCAGAAAUCUGUUAAAGCUGUAGAGCCUCUCGGGAGACAGGAAAUAGUGACUGACAAAACAGCUGUGACAGGAUUUUAGCAGAGACUCGGAAGGAAAAACGAUUCUCCUUGGAAACUUGUCCCUUCUCUCCCCAUCUCAUCAGCUCGCGCCGCUAACAUGUGACAGCCUGUUUUAGACAUUUAAACUCUCGCCAUGAUGAGCCUGUGAAAACAAAGGGUCAUUAGAGGAUGCCAUUGAAAAAGAGGCCAGUUGUGACAUUAUGGGCUUUUAGAAUAACUAUUGCACUAUUUUAACUUGAGCUGUUUUUACCCAAUCAGGAUAUUUGAGGAUGAAAACAGAAUCAAAUUGAUUUAGACGAUGUUUGUCAGAGAGUAGCUGAUGAAUAAUGGCACUUAUUAGCAUUGCAAACCAUUUAAAAAGGUUGUAAUUAUUUCUAGCUGAUGGCUUACCAAACUAUACUGUGCACUAAUCGUUUUCAUGAGCUGGAAUAGAAUGGCUGAUCUUGUUUUUAUCUUGGGAGUGUGUAGCUUCAUGGCAACACGACCAUAGCAGGAACUAUCACAAAGGUUGUUCUGAGUAUUUUGGCAGAUGUAUCUGAAGGCAGAUUUUGUCAAAACAAUAGCCUCUCUGCAAAACUGUGCAGGCUGCAAUCAUGAAACUUUAAGAUGUGUAGCUUAUAUUGAAAUAAGAGCCAAGAAAGGUGUGGUCCGACACAUGGCCACUUAGUGCUCGUGCAGUAAUGCAGAAAAGACAACUGAGUGACAGGUUGUGCAAUCCCAUCCCAGCAUGCUGUCAUGUGUAUUCUGUUGCUAUGCCUUCAGGACAUAUUACAGUAUCGAUCAGCCACUGAAUAGUGGUGCUGGCUGCUUCUUGGCAGUUUAUAACUUUAUUUAUACGACUGGAGAUAAAGAGCAAUGCAUGACACAUUACGCCAUCUCAAUAUUUAUUUCACAGAAACAAAAAUGCAGAAGUAUUGUGUAAAAAAAAAACUAAGCACACCCCAUGAUUCAAUAGCAUGUAGAAGUACUUUUACUAAUAACUGGAAGCAAUCAUUUUCCCAUUUGAUCUGAUGUAGUCUCCCACAUUUUUGAAGAGGAAUUUUGUCUCAUUCGUCUCUACAGUGUCGCCUCAAUUCAAUGAAGUUUGCAGUUAUGCACGGCUUUUUUAAGGUCCCAUUUCUGUAAGUUAGAGGUCUAGGCUUGAUUGGGCCACUGUGACACCUUGAUUCUUUUCUUUUUUAGACAUUCUGUUGUACAUUUGGUGCUGUGUUUGAGUCAUUGUCCCGUUACAUGACCCGACAGUUGGACAAAUGGCCCAACGUUUGAUUCUAGAAUACUUUGGUAUACGGAGGAGUUCAUGGUCGACUCAAUGACUGUAAAAUCAGUCUAAAUUAUUAUGUCUCUGCCACUGUGCUUGACAAUUGGUCAGAGGUGUUUGUGCUGAUAUUUUGGUUUGUUCAGAUGCAACUUUACACAUUUAAGCCGUGCUGGCAUGCUCUUUUUAGAUAUAAGAGGGUUUCUUCUGGCAACCCUGGGGAUAUCUGCUCCUGAGAAGAUGGGUAACUGUGAAUAAUUCUCACUGUGGAAUGACUUGUGGACUUCACUUUGAUUUAACAUGUCCUUUUAAGCCUUCCCAUGGCAGCAGCAAUCACUUCUUUAUAACCGUUGUAGAUGCCUUUGUUUGAACCCACAUUAAUUGUUCUAGAGAAAAAGUAAAAAGAGUUAUCUUAAUCUGUAGGACUUUUUGUCUGGUACCCAAGCGUAUUCAGCAAAUAAAUAAAAUUCAUCCUCCAGGGAUGACUUGCCUUGCAGACAUCUUCACUUAAAACCACCUAAUAACUGCUGAGACUGUUGAUCGCAACAUGACGUGGCAGAUUGACUAAUACUUUUAUCCCUUGAGCUACACUGUUAGAAUGUGGGGGGAAAAAGUUCCCAAAACUCUGCUGAAGAGUAGGAAAAAGCCUGUAGCCAGUAUGUACCUGACGGCGUCAGAACAACUUCAAAGCAGCCGUACUCUUCGAAAAACAAAAGUUUUGGCUUGUCCCAGAAAUGCUGAGGCAUCUGUGAAGUAGGAGGUGCAGGUUCGGCUGAGCAAAGCCAGUUGGUUAACAACAGUUCCUUUUUUUCAUGCAUUUUCUUUUAUUUCUUUUGGAAAGUUUGGAUUUACAUUGAAAUUGAACAUGUGGCUUGACCAGCAUUUGAACCAUCCAAAUACAGUGUGUUUAAAAUCACUUGGCGCACCCUGAUUAUACACAGGUGACCUCCAUUCAUCUUAUUAUGCAACUUCUAAAAACAACAACUGCGCCAGCGAUGUUUUUGGGUGUGUCUCAGACAAGCGUGUCACAACUUAUAUAAUCUUUAUAUAUACAUAUAUAUUUCAGAAGUUAGAUUACGUUGUAGAAAUGUCUUCUUUUUCUCUUUGCCAUAUUUCUCUAUUUCAAAAAGUGUUAGUAGUUUGUUUUCUUUCCUGUUAUUAUUAUUAUUACACAGUGUUCCUGUCAGUCAUCUGAAGCGCUGACAUUUAUCACCACUGAGAAUCAAUCUAUAUCCCGCCUCGUGUUUACAUUACCCAUCUGUGGUGCUGACUGAUCAAGUAAUUAAUUAUAUGCAGUUUACGUUCACCUUCCUAAUCGUCUUUUUUUUAACUGAAAUAAAUGUUUUUCCCCAUCCUUCCUACAAACCAGACAAGAAAAGGGAAGUGACUGCUCUAUGCAAAUAACUUCAACAGUUUCUUGGAAUCAGAUGUUCCAGCUAAUCCGGUGAGACUUCACAGAUGUGCCCCUCACUUGGAGGCAUACAAAUUCUGUACUGACCAAAUCUGCUAAUUUUUUGGAGUGUGAGAGCUGUACCUUGAUCAUAAAACACACUAAGCAUGCACUUUAUUAGGUACACCUUGUUGGUACCUGGCUGGACAGCCUUUUCCCUUCAGAGCAGCCUUAAUUCUUUCUGACAUGGAUUUGGUUUAAUAUUUGACAUGAUAGCAUCACAGUUGCUGGAGAUGUGAUGGCUGCACAUCCAUGACAUGAAUAUGACAUUCCAACACAUCUAGAAGAUGCUCUGUUGGAUUGAGAUCUGCUGACUGUGGAGGCCAUUGGAGUACAGUGAACUAACCAUCACUAUUCAAGAAACUGACUGAAAGAGCUGGGGUUCUAAUACUUCCAAGACACUGAUGGAAGCAGUGUGUUUGCAUGGAAGCAUGGCAGAGGGAGAGUCAUGGUUUGGGGCCUUGAUGAGUCCUUGAUGACUUACAAAUACUGAG